AUGGUAGCCGUCGACCCUGCCACGCGGAAGCGUGUGCUCCGGGUUAUCAUCGUUUCUCUUCUUCUAGAUCUGAUAUCCUUCACAUUCAUCCUGCCCUUGUUCCCGAAACUUCUCGAGUUCUACCGAGAUCGCGAGGCUCCUGACCUGAUCGUCCAUGGCAAACCAAACACCCUCCUGCAGCAGGUGCUCGGCGGACUGAAUGCGUACAAGGCGUCCUUUUCGCGACCCAUCGAUUCCCGAUAUGACAUUGUUCUUCUUGGUGGAGCGCUGGGGUCUCUGUUCUCCAUCCUGCAGGCCAUCGCCUCUCCCAUUAUCGGUCGUUUCUCUGAUCGCUACGGUCGCCGCUAUGCUCUUUUGGCAUCCAUGUGCGGAAAUGUUUUGUCUGUGCUGCUCUGGGUCAUGGCAGUCGAUUUCCGUACCUUUCUGGCCAGCCGAGUCGUGGGUGGUCUUUCUGAAGGCAAUGUGCAGAUUGCCACCGCCAUGGCCAGCGACAUAUCGGACGAACAGUCACGAGGAUCAACAAUGGCAAUCAUCGGCGCAUGCUUCUCGGUGGCCUUUACUUUUGGGCCCGGCCUUGGGGCGUGGCUGAGCAAGAUUCCGAUGACAAGCGCAAAUCCAUUUGCUGUGGCAGCAGGAUUCAGCUUGUUCCUGAUUACUACGGAGACGGUGUACCUGUACUUUUGUCUGCCGGAAACUCUUCCGUCUUUGGCCGGUAAGGAGAAGACUCAGGAGAAGCAGCCUAGCAAGAGCAAUGUAGAAUCCAAAGAGGUGGAGCGGACAAACUCACGCGUCUUGCUCUACGCUACGCAUUUCGUCUUUCUCCUGUUCUUCUCUGGAAUGGAGACGUCGCUGUCGUUUAUGACCUAUGACCUGUUCCAGUUUACCUCUGGGAGAAAUGGACGGCUUCUUGGCUAUAUCGGUCUGGUGGCCUCUGUCCUCCAGGGAGGCGUCACCCGCAGGCUCUCCCCCCUCUUGUCUGUCCGUAUUGGCACCAUCGCCUGCUUCGCAGCCUUUGUCCUGCUCGGUCGUCUAUCCACCAUCGGCGGUUUAUACGCUGCAGCGACAUGCCUUGCUGUCACAUCGGCGACGGUUGUCACGGGCCUCAAUGCUCUCAGCAGCUUCGAGACUCGCGACCACGAGCACGGCGUCAAGCUGGGCAUCAUGCGAAGCUGGGGACAGCUGGGACGUGGGCUGGGACCAAUUCUUUGCACUAGCGUGUACUGGUGGGCUGGCAGAGAAUAUGCGUAUACUAUGGGUGCGAUGGGCGCUUUGGUGGUUGUCACUAUUGCUUUUGCAGGAUUAAAGACUCCCAAGGGAUUGGUUCGAGCGAAGCCGAGCGAGAAGAAGGGCCAAUAA